AUGGAGGAGAUGGAAUCGGCCUUCUCGCGCAGCUUGACUAGAGCACAAGUGUCCGAGUUCUGUAACAGGCGCAAAAGCAUCAGCGACACCUGGCCAGCACACUACCUCUACCUCAUGGCGGUGAGAAACGCCACGGGUGUGUCGGCGUCAUUGGUACCGGAAAGUCUCGUUAUGCAUGCCAGCCCAGAGCUGCGACCUGCGCAAACUUAUGAGGACAAUGAGAAACGGGCGCCUCGGCCAGUUAAAGCUGCAUUAGCAGCAGCGACCGCCACCGCACGCACGGAAACCAGGGUGUACAACAUCUGUAGCACAGUCGGGCACAUCGCGCGCCCGUGUCCCAGUCGUCCAAAGAUAGAGGACGAAGAAGAGACUCCUCGAUGGGCGCUUGCUUCACUCGUAGCAGGUUUCCUAACGGAGGAGGACUGGAUAGUCGACUCCGGCGCCAGCACCCACCUCGUCAAACACAGCAGCAUGCUGUAUGAUUGGAUGGAGUGCAAAGACCCCACUGGCGUGACGAUGCCUGACAAAAGUACGCUGCGGGUGACGCGAAGCGGCAAAGCGCGAUUGCGCGUGAAGGUGGACGGCGAGACGUACUGGAUCGAGCUGCGCAACGUCAACUACGCGCCGAAGCUGUCCAUUAACCUCAUCUUCCUCGGCACACUCAUGCUACAGGGCUGCUGCCUCGCCGAUAAGAACAACAAGCACGCAGUGAUGAUCAACGACGACGUCGUGAUUUACGUCCAGAUCAAACAGAUUGUCCUUGUCGUCGACCGUGGGCACGUGAAGCAACGAGCAAGCGGGUUGAAGGACGUGGUCAUGUACGCGAUCGGCGAGUCGCAGCCCCGAGAGGCAACAGUGCAGACAGGGAGCUUGCUGAGCUUCCACAGGCGCUUUGGCCACCUGAAUUACGAAGACAUUGAGUGA